UGCUAUCGGCUGAUAUUGUAGAUGUCGAUCGAAUUCGUAUGUUAUUCUAAUAAAAUGUAUUUUAUCGAAUAAUAUAAACACAGCCAUGGACGAAAACGAGUUCUUCAGACAGACUGUGCAACAUCUCGCGCGAUGUUUAUCCAGUAUAAACCCUACGCCAUGGGAGAAGGUGAACACGCUAUUCAUGUUAUGUCCGCAAGCCAGCUCAUCACUGGUCAUAACUCCUCGCAGUCAGGAGGCAUCCAUAGCUCUCGGACUGUACUUCCUCCAAAGCAACUUGCAGCACCAGGACAAACUCCUGCCAUACUUCUUAAAAGUCCUCAAAUGUUUGUCUACUGCAAAGUUUGAGGAGCCACUGUGCAGAAUAAAAAAUGGGGACCGUAUACCAAUGUCCGAGAAAUUCAGUUUUUGCCUCAACACUCUCCUCUCCGAUGUUGCUACAAAGCAACCGUCACUUCGAGAGGAAAUCAUCACUGCUCAAAUCGAGCUCAUGUCCAGCCUCACGAAGAUCAUAAUGACAUGUCAUGAGAACAAAGAUUACGCAAGCAUAAUAACAAAGUUACAGCUCUGUAAAAGCACUAUACCAGUUCUGGUAGGGUUGGCAAGGUCCAUGGGCCGGUAUGCGACAGUCGACCCGCCUCUCCUCUGCCGCCUCUUCCCCCAACCCCCAAGUCCAGUCAAAACUAAGGAACCAGAACCAAACUUUGAGUAUUCCACUCUGGAUAAGAAGAGGAAGUUCAACCAGUUUCGACCGAUCAUCCCCAGAUCGUUGUCGGGAAAUUUGAAUCCGAAUAACGAGAACAUUUUCGAAAGUGGGACGGACCUUGAUGGCACCGGUACUCUGAAGAGGGGGUCCCUCCAUAGUUACAAUUCUGUUCCGUACGAUCCUACAACGUAUUUCUUCCAUAAGUUUGGAUCUAGUUUCAACCAGUUUCCGUACAUGAGGUUCUCAGAGUCCCCUGAAAAGAGGAUUAAUGUGCAGUUCUAUGUGACGUAUCUCCAGUCUAUAUUGUCGCUGGCUAAAAAGAUGCUGACCAAAGAUUUGUUGGCGUUUUUGGACGAGGAGGCGGAGGAUAUUUAUGCUUCGGGUCAAAUUCAAGUGUUCCCAUACAAAUCAUUUUCGGAGACAUUGAACCUGGUUAUGGUGACGCUUCUGAGAGAACUACUUCAGCAUCAGAAGGAUUUGCCAGGACCCUUCACCAAAGAUGUUCAGGAAUUCGUGAAAUGUCUGUUCCUAAGUGGUCAGACGGAACUCCAAAGCCGUCAUCACGAUGCUUCAGAGAGAGAAGACCGCGAGAGCAACUUCGCAACUGUGAACAAAUUCAAAGUUAAUGUAAUGGCGAAUUCGGCCUGCGUCGACCUACUUGUGUGGGCUAUUGGUGACGAAACAGUUGACGAAGACUAUCACGUGCCAGCUCUUAUAAACGCUCUAACAAUAUUAAUAGGUGCUGACUCAUUGUGUGGACGUUUGACGGAGAAGAUAAACUCGAAUCAUAAUCACAAGUUGAUACUGGCCCAUAUGCCUUUGUUGAUGGUCUGUCUUGAAGGCUUAGGUAAAUUAGCAACGAAGUUCCCGACUAUAGCGAACACUUCUAUCUACUGUCUUCGAGACUUUCUGGUGACUCCAUCACCAAUACUCUUCAAGCUUCACAAGUUGGAGCUCGAGAAGACUGGCAAAGAACACAUGAAGGUCACAUUGCAAGGCAAAGAACUACAGGGUCUCACGGAAAGCGGUGUUCCAGUUAAAUCUACGCCAUUCGAGAAGCUUCGGGACGCCGCGAUAGAGAACCUGUGCGUGGCGCUGGAGGCCGCGCUCACUGUCGACCCCUACUGCGUGCCCGCGCUCGUGGGCAGCGUCAGCAACAGGCUGUUCACUGCUGAGACCAGCGAUAGUGAAUCCUCCCUCAUCAGUACAAACAUAGUGAUCAUGUUGGGUCACGUGGCCGUAGCUCUCAAAGACACGCCGAAGACUACUGACACCAUACUACAGUUCUUCCAACAAAGGCUGUGCCGGGCUCCAUCAUCGCUGGACACUCUCAUAGUGGAUCAGCUCGGUUGUAUGGCGCUGGCCAGUCCUGAGGGACCUGCGCAUGAUGAGAUCAUGCGGAUGUUCACGGUCAUCACGGUGGAGGCUGCCAGUGCCGCGUAUCAUCACACUGAUGAUAGGAAGCAGUAUAGGCACGUAUCUGGCGCCGUACUGAACGCGCUCGCGAACAUAGCAGCGAACGUACGCGGUACCACAGCUAGACUCGAACUGCUGACUCGACUGUUGGAGUUGUUCGUACAACUGGGCUUGGGAGGAGAGAGGGCGACAGACCGGUCACCAGCCCCCGUGCUCAAGGCGUCCGGCAGUGCGGGCAAUCUUGGUGUACUUAUACCUGUUAUUGCGGUUCUCGUAAAACGCCUACCGCCUAUCAAGAACCCAAAGCCGCGACUCCACAAGUUGUUCAAAGACUUCUGGCUGUACUGCGUCGUCAUGGGUUUCACCGCGGCUGAAUCAGCUAUGCGAAAGCGCUUAUGGCCGCAAGAAUGGUACGCUGGUGUAAAAGAGAUAGCAGUAAAAUCUCCUUUCCUUGUCUCGCAAACGUCGUUACGAUCAGAAAUGCGCGAGCUUCAAUACACGUCCGCUGUCCGCAACGACUCUGUAUCAAUUAACGAGUUGCAAGAGUUAAAAACUCAGAUUUCGAAUUUGUUGGAUCACCCGCCCGAAGUGACGGUAGUCGUCAAUAAGCUGACGUUCGCGCCGUGCAUGUAUCUGCUGAGCGUUUAUUGGCUGGAGACGUUGAGAGUAUCGAACUCUCCGGAGCCAAGUUUACAACCGAUAAUAGAGUAUUUAAGCGAUUCAGCGCUACAGAAGGACAAGACCGGUAUGUGGCAAUGUGUGGCAAGCGUCGGUGACAAAGUAUUCCAGAAGUUUCUAGACGUUAUGUCAGACAAGGUCAAGGACGAAUCUCGCGAGAGGGAGCUGGAGGGUCACGCGCAGUUCUUGCUCGUGAACUUCAAUCAUAUACACAAGCAGAUCAGGCGGGUCGCUGACAAGUGGCUCGCAGGGCUGGUCGACAGGUUCCCGCAUCUGCUGUGGAACUGUAGGGUACUAUGGUCCAUGUUGGAUAUACUCCAAGUAUUAAGCUUCAGUUUAGAACUAGAUGCUAAUCAAGAAACGCCAUUACUAAAAGUACCGGGAACCGACUUCACUUUACAAUUACAAGACACAUUAGAAGGCAGAGAGUGUAUUGUAAAAGAUUUCGCCGACCGUUGCCACGGCAUAGUGCAGGAGGCAAUGAAAUGGGCGCCACAGUCAACACGGUCGCAUUUACAAGAAUAUCUUAAUCAGGUCCCCAACUCGACCCUGUGGCACCACUGCGGGCUGGCCCUGGCCACGGGCGCGCUGCUGGGCGCGGCGGGGCUCAACCGCAUGUCGGCCCCGCUGCCGCGCGCCGCGCUCGAGAAGCGCCCGCCCUGCGUCACGCAGGACUCCGCCGCACUACUCGCUGUCGUGUCGCAGCGCAGUCGCUAUGCGGGUGAAAUCUCCGGCGCGGUGAACGCGGAGGGCGGCGGCGAGGCGGCGGUGUGGCGCGUGGGGGCGCGGCUGCACGCGGCGCUGCGCGACGCCUGCGUGAGCGGCAGCGAGACCUCGCACCGCGCGGCGCUGUGGCGCGCCACGGCGCUGCUGGUGCACGCGCGCCACCACUCGCCGCACGCCGCGCACUCGCACACCGCGCCCACCGCGCGCGGCCUGCUGCACUCCGUGGCGUGGUCCCAAGUGGAGAUCUUCACCGAAGACGCAGUAACCACAGCAGUGGAGUGCUGGCAGUGGUUGACGACCUCCCGCCCUGACUUGGAGAUCAGGUUGACUCAGGAAAUCUUCUCCGCUUGGCAAUGCACUGUGGACAGAAAGAUGGGGCUGUUCUCCAGGGAGAACGAUGAGAUUAGCCCGUUGGCUGCCCAUGAAGGUGCUAAGCUAGAGCCUAGACCGCCAUUCGUUGCGCCCCACGCAGUAUGGGUUCGAUACUUGUGCGAGGUCGCCGAGACAGCCAAGUAUAACAGCCUGGAGAAGGUGGAAAUGUUGGCCAGUUUGCUGCAUAGGUCCCUGCCUAUAACAGUAGGUGACGUACGGGACCACAUUAACAGGCACGUUGAAGCUGUCGGUGUUCGAUUCAGGCUGUUAUCCUGCGGCCUAUCCCUCCUGCAAGGCGACAUCCUCCCGCGGUCUAUCGCUCGCAACAUCCUCCGCGAGCGAGUGUACAGCGCCUGCCUGGACUACUUCUGCGGCCUGCAGUGUCCUAAGGGGUCCAGUGCGUUGCGAGAGGAUAUCAUCUCGCUCACCAAGUUCUGGCAGCUCAUGCACUCCGAUAAGAAGUAUUUGAAGAGCAGUGAUAUUGGGGGUGAGUUCGAGCUGAUGGGUCCGAGCAGUCAACAAAGUGUGUACACAUCCAACUCGCCGACUGACAACCGUUCAUCAGUCAACAGCAGCGAUAUAGGAAGCCGACAGACUACGGGAUGGAUUAAUACUGUACCGAUGUCAACAACCAACCUGAGCAGUGGCGCAGGCAGUAUUUACUGGCAAGCGAUCAAACCGCAGCGUCAAACCCGCCACCAAAAACACAGGACACCUUCGUUAAAGACUACGUCAGGAAAAGGACCUCAUUCUGGAACAUUAUGUCCGCCCGAGCAGGCUGUCCCGGGGGAAGACAACAUCGCCACGUGGCGCUCCAAGCCAAACACGGAUCGCUCCUGGCGUGACCAGGCCAAGCUUGGCCUGGGAUAUAAGUCCCACGCUAGCCGUGUUCCUGCCUGA